AGCGACACGUGAGCAGCUUCAGUCAACAUGGCGAUGCCCGUCAGUGUUGCUCGUUUCUGUCGCCUGGCAGGACGGACUCUGUCCUCCCUGUCAGCGAGACACAGGCGGGCUGUCAGCCUGCCAGCCAGGCCGUGCUUCAUCUCCUCCUCGACCAGGAACCGCGUGGAGUUCAGACUGGACGAGCGCACGGCUCACAGCAGCCUGGACCUCUUCAAGAAAGACACCGGCAUCAUCUACCGCAUUCUGGGCCUAGACCCCACCCAGGUCCAGGACAACCCCGAGCGCUUCAAGGAGUGGGCCGUGGUGCUGGGCGACACGAGGCUCGACGGCGGGCGACACUACUGGGAGGUCACGGUCAAGAAGUCCCACGAGUUCCGCGUGGGGGUGGCGGAGGCGUUGAUGUCCAGAGACGAGUGCGUCGGCACCAACAGCUCGUCCUGGGUGUUCGGCUACGCUCAGAGGAAGUGGUUCGCCAUGACCAACGGCAAGAUGGUUCCAGUUACCCUGGUGGGAAAGCCAGACCGAGUGGGGAUCCUGCUCGACUACGAAGCGGGCCUCCUGGCUCUGGUGGACAUUGAGAAGCCCCGGAUCAUUCACUCGCUCAGAGCUCAGUUCAGUUCUUCCCUCUGCCCUGCGUUUGGACUGUGGGACGGGGAGCUGCUCACACACUCUGGUCUGGAGGAACCUGAGGGCCUGAAGUGAUCAGGAUCAACAGAGAUCAUGUGUUUUGGUCUUACGGGGUCACUGGACUGGGUUUGUAAUCUUUGAUGGCUCUUAUCAGGAAUUGUGAUCAAAGAACUGUUCAGGAAAAAAAAAGCAAUAUCUUCAAAGGAAAUCAUUUAAAGCUUCAUGAAGCUGAUGGUUUCCCUCUGUGCUCUUUAAUCAUCAUGAUGCCAAAUCAUUCUGAGCAGGAGAUCAAACCUCAAAGACAUCUGAUCUUGUCUUUUUGUAACAAAGACUGUUUGUUGUUUGAGCUGCAUGUUUUACCUCAGACUAACUGUGUGUGUGGUUGGACCUGCCAGGGUCUUUUUACACUGAACGUUGUGGCAUUUCUAACUUUAAGCUCAAAUCAGCACAAAACAUCUGUCAAUGUCAUAUUCUUCAUGUAUUGUUUAAUAAAAUACAUUCAGUUAAA